CCGCGCACCGGCCGGUCGCCGGCUCCUGCCCCUUUCAAUCUGCGCCGACGCGGCGGCCGGAUCCCGGGGACUCCCCGCGCCGGGAAUCUCCCGCCAGCUGCGCGCUGCGUCCCGGCGACGGCAGGAGCACGUGGAGCGGCCGGGUAGCCAGAGCGCAACUCCAGCCCAGCCCAGCCCGGCGGCGAGAUGGAAGAUAUAAAACCAAAUGUGGAACUGAAAAGCACUCAGGAACAGUCUGUGCCCACAGAAGGUCCAGUGAUUUUGAAUGACUACAAUUUAACCAAACCACAUGAAACAGAAAAUGUGGACAGUGCAGAAGGCCCAACCAAUGAAGAUGAAGAUCUAGGAGAUGAUUCGAUGAAAGUGAAAGAUGAAUACAGUGAAAGGGAUGAGAAUAUUUUAAAGCCAGAGCCCAUGGGGAAUGCAGAAGAGCCUGAAAUUCCAUACAGCUAUUCAAGAGAAUAUAAUGAAUAUGAAAACAUUAAGUUGGAAAGACAUGUCUCGUAUGAUAGUAACAGGCCAACCAGUGGCAAGAUGAACUGCGAUGUGUGUGGAUUAUCCUGCAUUAGCUUCAAUGUCUUAAUGGUUCAUAAGCGGAGCCAUACUGGUGAACGCCCAUUCCAGUGUAAUCAGUGUGGGGCAUCUUUUACUCAGAAAGGUAACCUCCUCCGCCACAUUAAACUGCACACAGGGGAAAAACCUUUUAAGUGUCACCUCUGCAACUAUGCAUGCCAGAGAAGAGACGCACUCACGGGUCACCUUAGGACACAUUCUGUUGAGAAACCCUAUAAAUGUGAGUUUUGUGGAAGGAGUUACAAGCAGAGAAGUUCCCUUGAGGAGCACAAGGAGCGCUGCCGUACAUUUCUCCAGAGCACGGACCUGGGUGAGACUGCAAGUGUGGAGGCAAGACACAUCAAAGCAGAGAUGGGAAGUGAAAGAGCUCUCGUUCUGGACAGAUUAGCAAGCAAUGUGGCAAAACGAAAAAGCUCAAUGCCUCAGAAAUUCAUUGGUGAGAAGCGCCACUGCUUUGAUGUCAACUAUAAUCCCAGCUAUAUGUACGAGAAAGAGAGUGAGAUAAUACAGACCCGGAUGAUGGACCAAGCCAUCAAUAAUGCCAUCAGCUAUCUUGGUGCCGAAGCCCUGCGCCCCUUGGUCCAGACCCCACCUGCUCCCACCUCAGAGAUGGUUCCAGUUAUCAGCAGCAUGUAUCCCAUAGCCCUCACCCGUGCCGAGAUGCCAAAUGGUGCCCCCCAGGACCUAGAAAAGAAGAAUAUCCACCUGCCAGAGAAGAGCCUGCCUUCUGAAAGAGGCCUCUCCCCCAACAAUAGUGGCCAUGACUCCACGGACACUGAUAGCAACCAUGAAGAACGCCAGAAUCACAUCUACCAGCAAAAUCACAUGGUCCCCCCUAGGGCCCGCAAUGGGAUGCCACUUCUGAAGGAGGUCCCCCGCUCUUAUGAACUCCUCAAGCCCCCACCCAUCUGUCCAAGAGACUCCAUCAAAGUGAUCAACAAAGAAGGGGAGGUGAUGGAUGUGUAUCGCUGUGACCACUGUCGAGUCCUCUUCCUGGAUUAUGUGAUGUUCACUAUUCACAUGGGUUGCCACGGCUUUCGUGACCCUUUUGAGUGUAACAUGUGUGGGUAUCGAAGCCAUGAUCGGUAUGAAUUCUCUUCUCACAUAGCCAGAGGGGAGCACAGAGCCAUGCUGAAGUGAACAUCUGGUCCCAGAGAUGAUUGACGUCUGAGUAUUCGACAUCAGUUGUAAAAACCAACACCCCACCUAACAAGUUAUUCUCCGAACAAACUCAGUUCCGAACUCCUCUCCAUACCAUUCUUAGUGUCCAAAGGGUCAUGUUCACAUGGGCAAAAGGGAAACGCUGUCUUCAUUCAGAAAUUGUUUGCAGAUAUAUCAUGUUAUCAUUUUUGUGAAACAUUUGUUUUCUCAUCAGGGACUUGAAUUUUUAUGAUAUUUAAAAGCCAAUGAAGUCUUUGGUCAUUAUCUUUUGCAGCAAUGGAACAGGCGGUCCUUGGAGUUUGUUGCCAGUCAAAAGAGUCCCCCAGUUGUGCUGCAUGAGACAUUCUUUCUGAGAUACGUCCGUGGAAAAGCCUUUUGGUCAUACGCCAGUUCCACAAAGAAGAGCUCACCAGCUAACCUCACUGGGAAGCCACACCCUUCUGCACUUAACACAGGCUGGAAGUCUAGGAUAUAAUCUCCUCAUCCCAAAUUAGAGUCUAAUAGUAAGGAAAAGAACAGCCAUAAAAUAAGUAUCUGUUAUCAGUUACUGAAGACGCCAGUCUCCAAGCAUCAGACCCAUUUCUUAUCACACAAUGAAAAAAAAAAUCAAGUCAUUUGAUCUACCCUUUUACCCUCCCAUAGCAAUUAAAAAGCUGCUUUGGGUUAAACCAGUCAUCAUAGGAGAAAUUCUAUACCAGAAGAACUAAUGGUUUUAAACAUAAACCAUAACUGAAACUCCACAAAGUUGUCUGCUAUGGCAUCUAUGUUCUGUGAUCAAGACUGGCAGAACUGGACUCUGAGGGGGAGAUGGUUUAGCAGCACCCCGGGAGGAGGGGGGGAGAGCUACUUGAAAGUUCUUGGUCUCCUUCAUGGAGCAUUAGUAUACAGACCUAAAGCAAACUUGCUGAUGAUUUUUUUUGACAGAAAACAACCAAACAAUCCAAAAAGCAUGAACUAUUCUCCCCCUCCCCACAGGAGCUUCCUGAAGAAGUAAGGAGGGGCGCACCUCUGCUGACAGGUUCUCCGUGAUCAAGCUGGGUGGAUUUUUCUCCCCAUUUUAAGUGGAGCUGCUGUAUGCCAGGAAGAUUCCUGAAAGUCAGAUCUUGGUCCUGCAGAUGUAUUGGGCAGCUUUGUAGUUAAUUAUGAGAGACAUGCUCUCAAGGAAAAGUGCAGGGAUAAUUGUAAAAUUAGUACUGCAGUAGGGGGUCCCAAAAUCUGUUUGUGAAUUCCAUAUUGGCUGCUAAUUAGCUAUAUGACUUUGGGCAAAUCACUAAACUCUUAAAACUGAGUUUCUUCAACCUUAAAAUAAGAGUUGGGCUUAGACACUCUCUAAGGUCCCUUCCAGCUUAAAAUUUAUGUGAUUUAUGCUGUAACCCCAGUUAUCUUUUAAGCCUUUUAAUGCAUGGGCAUCAAGCAGGAGAAUAUGGAUAUGAAUACCUGUUUCACAUUUCUUUGGUGUGCAAAUGGUAGUGUUAAAUUUUUCCUUUAACCACUGAGUCAUGAAUGUGAAGAGGAUGGUGGGGAGGAACAAAAACAGGAAGGUAUUUUGAUCUUGCCCCAAAGUGUACACACAAAGUGGCACCUGCAGCUGCUUUGCCAAAGCCUUUUUUUUUUUUUCCUUUUUAAGAACUGGUGUUAGCGAAAAUAAACUCUGCUUCCAGGGACAACUUCAUGGAACCUAUUUACAAAUGAAGAGUAGUUUUGCGCACAUUUCUACCAGAGUCAAGAAUCCCCAGUUCCUGUUAGAUUCGCAUUUUAUGUAUCUGCCUUGGUAUUUCGAAAGGGCUUAGGCAUUAGACUCAAACUCAACUAAUUUAUGUGCUGCCAGUAAUUAAAAUGUUCCGCCUCAGACUGCACAAAUGGCUUAUCCUUCUUUGUAGCAUGGCGUCUGUCUCAGGAAAAAAGAUUUUGUGAAAUUCCGUGGUAACAGUCCCAACAUGUUUGAGAUUUCGGCUAAAAGACUAGAUGUAUUUCAGUGCAUAGUCUUCAGCAUUUUGCUGUUUCCGUAAUCCUAGACUCCAAGCCACGCCAGGUUACUGACACCCACUGUGGCAGAGGGGCUGCUUAUUAUACUCUUGAAAUGCCAUACAUCUUGUUGACUUUCAGGGGACAAAAGAAAGAGCAUUUGGAAGCAAGAAUUAGUUGGAGAGAAAGCUGGGGAAAGCAAGCAUUUCCAACAGAUUAGUGGGAAAGUCUUUCUGAAGAAACCAGCUUUGGCACCUUAAGAUAGUGAAAGAGGCCCACCCAAUGACCUGGGGACUUUUUUGAAGACAUGACCCUCAUUUUCCCUGUGACUAACAGGUUUUCUGAAUGAUUUUCAUUCUUCUGAGGUCAGUUUUCUAAGUGGGAUGACCACUCACAAAUGCUACUUUCACUGUAGCAUUCUGGGCCUGGAUUGGGGCACACCAAGUCCAGAGAAAGUUUAUAUGUGCAAACUCCACAUUUGUAAAUUGUAAAGUUGAACCAGGUAGUAUGUAGUGGUUGCCACCACACUGGUAAAGAUUUCCUUCUGUAGGCACCCCUUAUACCAAUAAAUGCCCCUUCCCCUUGCUGGGGGUGUGGGGGGAGAGGGUGAAGGAGAAUCUUAGCACAAUCGCUUAGAGAGAGGGGCAGAGUCAGGAUUCACAACCGACCAUGCUGGACAGUGAGGUCCUGCAGCAGCUUCAGACAGCACAUUUCCUUUCUCAGUCAGAGUCCCUCUGACAUGCGCCUUGUAGGUCUGAUCUGUCCAUCAUUUCCCACCACACACCCAGGAGGCCACAAUCCAGGGGAACAACCAACCCCACGAAAAGUUCCCUUGCAGCCAAGGUGACAGAAUUGGGGUAAGGGGGAAAGGGAAGAGAACUGGCUCUCCAGAUGUUCCUCAUCACCCCACUUGAAUUGUUGCACAGGUAUUUCCUACUGGCAGAGAACUAAACAGAAGUGUCUCUUCCAUUACCCUCCACCACCACCACCAGGGGAAGAAAAGAUAUUGAUAAAUCCACCAGCCUUUAGCUUCCCUAAGUCAUUCUCCCCAAAAGAUACUUGCCUUGACACAGAUAAGCUAACUAAUCUUAUGCCUUAUUACCCAUUCUGAGCUGUUCCUGACUCAGCUUCUGACUUUGUCAGUGACAACAUUUCUCAGCUUUUUAAGGCAGCGCUUAACAUUUCGCUAGGCCCAUACUCACAGUGGCCCAGAUAUAAAGUGACCUCAGAUUUCUUUUGCAAAGAAAAACACAAAAUUUUGCUUAGUUGAAACACUGUGUUACGAACAAAUCUCACACCAACAUAAGGUUUUUCCAAGUAGUCUCUGUAUCACUGUUCUUAUUCUCCUCCUCUGCUUUUUCCCCUCUGCUAAAUGUGAGGUUUACCAUGUUUUAAAGGAAAAAGCAGUAUUGCUGAUACAUAUCCCAGCACAGGCAGUAAGACUGUAAUGGAAAUGUUAAAUGCUUAGAGUCCUAACUUUAAAGUGUACCCCACAGGGAACUGGUCUGUUGGUCUCUAGUGGAGAUUUGGAAACUCGAGGCCACUCAAGAUUUGAAUCCUCAGAGAUAGCCAAGCUCUUUCACAAAGACUUGGAAUUGAGAUUUAUGAGCUCAAGAAAAGAAAGUGGAGUGAGGAAAAUCUUGUCCUAGAAAAUACCAUCAGGCUAUGCGGAAGAAGAUGAGAGAUACACAAUGAUAUGUCUUCUCUUUUAAAGAAUUGGGAGCUAGUUUUAUGCUCAGUAUAGAUCAGAGACUCUCUCUCUUUAGGCAGAAUUCAGAAAAACAGAAUGGAUUUGGGACUUAAGUGCCUGUAAAGAAUACAAUUUUGGCCUGAAACCAAAGGCUAGACCCGGGCCACCAUAGGAAAAGGAUUCUGUUCUCCAAAGCGAAAGGACUGAAUGUUCUGUGAAUGACCAGUGAACCCAGAGCUGGGCACUGCUGCCUCUAAAGACCAUGGACUCAGAAGAGCCUGCAAGAGAAGUGUAGGCUUUCGACUUGUGUGAGCUCAGAACAUAAGACUAUAGCUCCAUUCACCCAAGCUGUAGAUAGUGUGUACCCCACCAUGCUGUCAACAUUAGAUAAACAGGUCUUUGCACUUUGAAAAAGUUGAAUGCAAGUUUCCUCUGAAUAUUACAAGACUGGACUGUCAUAUACAUUGAUGUUGACUGAGCUGUCAUUUGAAAAUGGAAUGUUAAUGUCUUGAUUAAAAAAUGUAAGGACAUAGUGUCUACUUCCUGAGGCUGUUACGAGGUUUUAUGUAAUUUUGUCUAUGGGAUGAUGUUACUUGGGGGGGGGGUGGAUGGUUACAAAUUUUCCACUCUAUGUAUUGUAUGUGGAUUUAAAGACAUGGAGAUAUUCAAAGGCCAUAAUAGGACCAUGAUUCAGUAAUUCAGUAGCCAGUGGAGGCCUCUGAUCUCUAGCACACAGUUUCCUUCAUCUUAUUUUAAUGUGUGAAAGUAAAGAAUAUGCUGACAAUUAGAACAAUACAAGUGAACCUCAUGCUAAAGACACUUCAUGGCAUUGCAGCCAGGGAAGUAGGAAUGGCUUUGCUCCCUCCCUGUCUCAUGAGCUCUCAAUUAUUAACUCCCUGAGUAACUUAGAGUCUCCUCAAAUGGUCCAUUUGUCUCUUGACCAUCUGUUGUCCAUCUCCCUCUUGAUACUCUAGAAAGCCUGGAGAGCAUUCCAUAAUGUCACCCACCUCUUCACAAGCCUGUGGGGCCUAGCUUCUGAAGUUGCUUUGCUUCUUCCUCUCCUAAAAAGACUGAGAACAAACAUUUUAAAAUAUUAGGAAAAUGGGGCAGCCUUAAAAAUGAUCCCAUUGCCAGUGACUCAUUUAUACAAGGACUUUUCCAGGUUAGCAGACAAAACCCUUUUUGGAUGGGCCUGCUUCUGUGGGUUCACAGAAAACCAAAUUACUGUGGGUUGCAAAGAAUUAGCAGGUCAUUUGAAAAGCAGACAUCCCUUCACCCAGACUGUGGUUUUGCAUGCUCAGGUUCUCAGUCUAUGAGCUUUGGUGAGGGAUCAUUUUGGCUACUGGAAAAACCAUAGGUUAUUUUUAAUUUCUGGUUGCCAAAACCACCACACAUGUGGUCUGUAGAUGACCCUUAUCUGCAGAAUGACGGGGGAAGAAGGGAACCUGGUUUGGGGGUUCACGGGGGCUCAGGGUGACCUUCCCCCCAGGAGGAAGGGAGGGAGCCCUUGCCGAGUGGUUUUGUCACGGCCUGUGCUCAUAGCAUUCUCAUCUGGGUUUCUCAGAAAUGCCCUCCCUGCCCAGCAGUGACCUUCCCUCUUAACUCCUAUUGAGUUUUACCCAGAGUCCAACCAUUUGGAGCACUGUAAGGUGUAAAGACUUUGUAAAGACUGUUUAAAGAAAGUCAGCUUCUGAAAUGUAGCAAUGCUAACCUUGCCAGAACCAUAAUGAGUGCAUUGUCACGUCAAAAAAACAAACAACAAAACAAAACAAAACAAAA